AUGACGACGUGCAUUAAUGACACCAGAGAGGCCUUGAGGUGGGGCGUUUACCCGCGUUCUGUAUGCGCAGCCACGGAGAGAAGCCGCUAUGCGCACUGGCUAAAUGUGACUGCUGCCGCUCUUCACUCAAGAGCAUCAUGGCGUUUUCGUUGGACGAUGAUUAUGAUAUGGACAGGCGGCCUCGUCUUCGAGGUCGAGGAAGAGGAUACGGAGGAAGAGUUGGCAGAGGUUCUUCGGAUAUCAAAGACUCAACGUAUGGAAAUGGAGGAGAAAAAAAGACACGCAGCCGUGCAUGGUAAUGUGCUGGAGACAUGCUAG